AUGAUAAAGAAGGGUACCCUAUCAAUCUACUUUUUGAUUUUAGCUAUACUUGUAGGUACACUUGUAUCUAUUGUCGUUUCAACAGAAGAAACACCUGCAGCCGUUGAUGAAGUAGAUUUGGUUAUUGAUCUAGUUGAUGGUGAUUCAAGUAAAUUAAAAGAAGGUUUUUGUUUCGCACCAUGGUGUGGACAUUGUCGUAAAUUGGCACCUAUUUGGAAGAAUCUUGCAGUACACUUUAAAGACUCUGACAUUAAGAUUGCAAGAGUAAACUGUGAUGACAACUCUGGUAUUUGUGGUGAAUAUGAUGUUCGAGGUUACCCAACCAUUAAAUUAUUUGUUGAAGGUGUUAAAAAGGAUUACAAGGGUGGUAGAACCAAAGAUACUCUUAUCAAAUAUAUUGAUAAAAUGUUUACUGGAUAUUUAAUCAAUGUAAAAGAUCAAGAAUCAUUGGAUAAGAUUUUAAAUGAUAAAAAGAUUGCAAUGAUCUAUGUUGCCGAAUCUGAAGAAUCUUUAAAGAAUGAUCCAAUGUUUGAUACCUUUAAAAAGAUUUCAUUUGAAUUGUUUGAUACCAACUCUCCCAACUUUGUACUUUCUAUUGGUCACUCUCCCAUAGAAGGUGUAAAGAGAGGUAUCAUUUUAAAGAGAGAUGGUGAAUUGGUACAGUUUAAGCAAUCAAUUGAAAAGUUACCAUCUUGGAUGAGAUUCAACCAAUACUCUAGUUUAACUGAACUCAAUGAUGUUUCUUUUCUUCCAAUGUCUGAAACAUUCAAGAAUCUUGUCAUGUUUGUUUAUCCAAUUAAACCAAAUAAUGAAGAAAUUGAAGAAUUAAAAAAGAUAUCAAACAAUAUUAUUAAUCCAGAUGAAUUGACAGAUUUUGUUUAUACCUAUGUCAGUAACAAGGCCUAUGAAAAGUUUACUGCAAGAUAUGCACUCGAAGAUUUACCAGCUUUGUUGGUGGUUCGUGAAAAGGGAGAAAUCUACUAUUACGAUCCAGCUGUCAAGGUUGACCAAGAGUCUGUAUUAAAAUAUUUGAAUGAUAUCAAGGCUGGCAACAUCAACUAUCAAUACCUUGAUUUUGGUAAAUACUAUUUCUUGAAAACCAUCAAUUUCAUUGACGAGUAUAAAUGGUUCUUGGCUGUUGCUAUCAUUGUCACCCCAAUCGCUGCCAUUAUCAUUGGUUCAUCAUCUAGUGGUCCAACUGAACCACAACCAGAAAGAUUACCAAAACCUGAAACUCUUGUCAUUGAUGAUAAAAAGAAAAAGGAAAAUUAA